AUGGCCCAUGCGGCAGUAUUGAAUGGCCUCACGCAGAAGCUCAUAACAGCGGUCACUGGAGUCGACACAGGAGAUCGCGCUUACAAGUCACUACGGGAUCAAACGAUCAAAGGCCUCAAAGACCAAAGCCAUGCUCGAACCAAUCAAUUUGCCGUGAAGGCACAACUUGAUGGACUUGCGGAAAAGUUCGAAGUCUUGAACAGGGAGGAUUUAGCACAGGCCUUCCAGACUCGUCUAGACGAGUUGCCCGCAGACCAAAGAUGGAUGCCAGAAAUCUUGUCUCUUCUGCUGGAGCUCUCCGAUCGGCCAGUGGAGAAUACGGAUGUAGAGGAUGCUGAAAACGCGAAUGCUCCGCCUGUCGAAGAGUCUACUUCCAUUCUGGACGGCAUAUUCGCACGGGAAGCACGAGAUGAAGACGGACUCUGGGACGAUGUGGAGCGAGGCUAUCACUCGAGCGGAGACGAUGAUCCAGAGGACGACUCGGACCCGACCACAUCAACACAGGCUACUUCACUAGCUGAAGAUGAUGAUGCUUCAAUCGCCAGAUUGCACCUGAGCACACCUGAUGAAAGUGCGAUCGCAGACGUCAAGGCAACGCGGGAGAGUUGGGGUGUUGAGGAGAGUCGCAGGAAUGGCUAUCUCUUGUCCGAGUUGGCCAUCGUUCGUGAGAUACUCUCGAUGAUGCAUGGACUUCCCACGGAUCUGUUCCACACUGACGAUUCGACCGGUCGGGUAUCGCUGACACGGCGGGCCAAGUUGGCAACCACCAGCUCUCACUCUUUGUACGAUGUACUGCAUGGAUGUGUCCAGACUGGCACAACGGUCAACUCGGUCCGACGAUGGGUCGUCAGUAAUCAAGAUGUGGCUUGCAUUCAGUCCAUUCAGGCGGGGAUGCAGAAGCAUUUGGUAGCAUUCGAUAUUGCUGUUUGUCGAAUCGAGCAGACGUACGUAUCGCCUGAUUCAGCCGCAGUGGUCAGCGCCAUAGGCGUGCAGACCGCCAUCUCUGGUGCUGCGACCGCGCUCGUUCGGCUAGCGUCUCUGGUCAAGCGCUCGACCGAAGCGAAAUAUAUUUCUCCAUUCGUACUGCUCGAUCUCUUGUACGACGAGACCAUUAUCGCACAAAUGACGGACAACGCCGAACUCUUCCAGUCUCUCGCUGCGAUCUUCCUGGCCGGGCUGAGGACUUAUCUUCGUCACGUUGCUGCAUGGAUCAAGACGGGCUCUCUAGCGGCGAGGAACGACGGGACCUUUUUCGUGCUCGACUCCAACAAAAACUGCGAAGCCGGCAACCUCUGGCACGAUCGCUUCGUUAUGCGCACUCAACCGGAUGGAGAACCACACAUGCCCCGCUGCAUGUUCGCAUUGGCCGAUAAGAUGUUUGCGCUGGGAAAGAGUCGGUCUUUCCUCCAUCGGCUGCAACGACAAGACGGAGAGUCGCAGUCCGUCCACAAACUAUCAUCCGCAACGCCAACAUUUGAAGCGUUGCUGCAAGCCCUGCGCGAGGACACUUUCAUGCCUUUCUCACAGUUGCUUGGGCAUACGCUUGAAAGCUGGAUGUCAGAUGUCAGCACUGACUGCACGCCACAGCUCCAGCAGCAGCUUUUGUCCAUGUGCGGCUUGAGCGAAGCUGUGGAAGCACUGCCAUACGUCUACUUCGGAAGGGACGGCAUCGCCUUCGCAUCCCUCGCCGAUAGUCUAAUCAAGCGGACUGGUAAAGGUCGGCAAAUGACGGCCACAGAUCAGUUCCUCCUCACUGAGCUCGCGCAGACUACCUUUGGCAACUUGCCUGGAGUCGAUCCGGAUAAUGUCCAUGUUACCAUUGCCAAACCAGAAGCAACGUUGAUCAGCGAAUCCAUCAUACGCAGGCUCGAGGUAUGCACGAUCAGCUACAACGUGACCUGGCCUGUUCAGAACAUUAUCCGCUCUCCCAGUCCUGUCUCGCACUCGAAGGUCUUCGCUCUGCUUUUGCAGAUACAUUAUGCCUCCAGUCUCCUGCAGGGCCGCUUCUUCGAUAUGCGAGCAGAGACAGCAAGCACAUCGGAUACGAUCAAGCUCCGCCAACGCCUCUCAUGCUUCACUAGCCUGAUUAACGACUUUGUCACUACCACAGCACACACGCUCCACUCUGAACUGCAGGCGCGAAUGCAAGCGGCCAAGGGCAUUGAUGCCAUGGUCACCGUGUGGUCAGAGUACGAGCGACGUUUGCAGACGAGUCUCAUGCUGACCUCAAGACUUGAGCCAAUCAAGGAAGGCAUCAUCGGUGUCCUUGAGAUCAGUGAACAUCUGGCGCGAUCGAUGGAGCCGAAGAGCGUGGCGGGUCUGUUGGAGCAGUUCGAAAGCAGCAUGGCGUUUCUGGUCGCUGGUGUGAGAGGCGUGAGUCGUGCUGGAGGGGAGCCGGCGUUGGAGAUGUUGGCUGAGAGGCUGGAGUGGAGUGUGAAGUGAAGGGCUGAUGUGCAUUGGCAUCUGUCACGCGGCGUCCGAGCGAUGAUCAACUCGAAGAUUGGCCUGUUGCCACAAACUCGGCCAGUAUGCCAUCGGCAAGUGCUUCCUGCCUAGGGGCAUCAGGGCAUCGCAAUGGACGAUCCAGCUCACCUUACGGUCUCCAAUUACGCUCACGCCCGCGUACGUGCAGUGAGACGGACCUCCGUGCUUAUGAGCUAGCAAAUUCUCCGGUCGGCUCUCGUCAACAGGGUCCAUUGCCUCACAUUUGCGAACGGUCCUAGGCCGGCCCUGCCAACGAUGGCCGCGUGGAGAGUUCACGAUGCACUCACUGUCUGGCAUGAGAUGGCCAGUAGAUGUGCGGCUGUAGAAGAGGGCACCCACGUCGGCUUUAGUAUUUUGAGCGUGCGGGUUGAUCGGGUAUGCCACUGGACAAACAUGCCACCGAAGUGCAUAUAUAUGAAAUGCGAUAUGAGUCGAUACUCUGAA